AGCCUUUGGAAACCUGGCUCAACAAGGACACAACUUCACCAUGUCAGCAACCAUUCAGAGAAAGACUGGCUUGGCCAACUCUGCUGAAGCCAAGAAAACAGAGCUCAGAAUUAAUGAGAAGAAAUGCUCAUGGGCAUCCUACAUGACAAACUCUCCCACAGUGAUUGUAAUGAUUGGCCUACCUGCCAGGGGAAAGACCUACAUGUCUAAGAAACUGACACGAUACCUCAACUGGAUAGGGGUGCCAACCAAAGUGUUUAACUUGGGUGUCUACCGCCGAGAGGCCGUCAAAGCUUACAAGUCCUACGACUUCUUCAGGCACGACAACAAGGAAGCCAUGGAAAUAAGGAAACAGUGUGCCCUGGUAGCCCUGGAGGAUGUGAAGGGAUAUCUAACUGAAGAAGGUGGACAAAUCGCUGUAUUUGAUGCAACAAACACAACAAGGGAGAGGAGAGACCUCAUUCUUGAUUUUGGGAAAGAGAAUGCAUUCAAGGUGUUCUUUGUGGAGUCAGUGUGUGACGACCCAGAAGUCAUUGCUGCUAAUAUUCUGGAGGUGAAGGUAUCCAGUCCAGACUACCCAGAGAGGCACAGAGAGAGAGUGAUGGAUGACUUUCUCAAACGCAUAGAGUGCUAUAAGGUUACAUACCAACCUUUGGAUCCCGAUGAUUAUGACAAGGACCUAUCCUUCAUCAAGGUGGAGAAUGUGGGCCGGCGCUUCCUGGUGAACCGGGUGCAGGACUACAUCCAGAGUAAGAUAGUGUACUACCUCAUGAACAUCCAAGUGCACUCUCACUCCCUCUACCUGUGCCGGCAUGGAGAGAGCAAUCACAACAUGGAGGGCCGUAUCGGAGGUGACUCGGAGCUCUCCCCAGGAGGAAAACAGUUUGCUCAUGCCUUGCACAGCUUCAUUGAGGAGCACAAACUGUCUGACUUGAAGGUAUGGACUAGCCAGCUGAGACGCACCAUCCAGACUGCUGAGGAGCUGAUUGUGCCCUACGAACAGUGGAAGAUCCUCAACGAGAUCGAUGCUGGUGUGUGUGAGGAGAUGACCUAUGAUAUGAUCCAGAAAUCCUUCCCAGAAGAGUUUGCCCUGAGGGACCAGGACAAGUACCACUACCGCUACCCAGGGGGAGAGUCCUACCAGGACCUGGUGCAGCGGUUAGAGCCUGUCAUCAUGGAGCUAGAGAGACAGGGCAACGUGCUGGUUAUCUGUCACCAGGCUGUCAUGCGCUGCCUGCUGGCCUACUUCCUGGAUAAGAGUGCAGAUGACCUGCCCUACCUGAAAUGUCCACUGCACACAGUGCUCAAACUCACUCCUGUUGCAUAUGGCUGUAAAGUGGAAAUGUUUUAUCUUAAUGUGAAGGCAGUGAACACACAUCGCGACCGACCACUUGAUAAUGUCCCGAGGGACCCAGCUCCCAUGCUGCUCCGGCGGAAUAGUUAUACCCCCCUGUCCAGUCACGACCAGUUCAAGCGGCCCAGGCUCUACAGUGCCGGAAGCCGGCCCUGGCUCCCCGAGAUGCCAGAGGGGAUGCUGCAGCAAAGCCAAGUUAGUGUCAAAAAUUGGCACCCACUUAAUGAAUCACUCUUAAUUCAACUCGGUCACAUCCCUCUUCCCACCUGCCACCCCCACCCCACCCCAAGCCAAUCCCUCUUUAUCCUUAGCAUCCCCUUACCCUUAAAUCCCCUUGAUAAUCCAGACAUGUUGUGGUCUUGUUGGUGGCUUCUCCUCUUUAUAUUAUGUCUGUCUCUCCCCCAACAUCAGCUGUUUGUCUUGCAUGGUCUCCCUUUUUCUUCAUAGGCUGUAUGUCUCCAGCUUGAAUAUGCAUAGCACUAUUCCUAUCCCAAACAAACUGCACCACUUACCUCUUAUACUCAUUUACGUCUUCUGAAAACCAUUCCAGAAGAUACACAGUUAAAACGUCUUCCAGUAAGCAGGUGUUAUACAUUAGUCAGUUAAAUCCAUCUGGUGAUCCUAGGAGAAGCAUGCUCUGUACAACAAUUAGCUUCAGAGCUCAAUACCACACAAGGACAGUAAAUAUAGACAUGUUGAUGUUUUGAGAUGCAUAUUCAAAGUUUCUUGUUGUGGUGCAAGUGUGUUGGUUCAAUUUGGUUUGUUGUGAGUUCAGUACUAUAGCUAGUCCCCCCAUUUGUGUCUCUUCCUUUUGUCCCUGUCUGUCUGUCAUUACAGCCUCGUAUAGGAAGCUGUUUUCUGUGAGUAUUUUAGAUAUAUUCCUGCAGAAAGUUUCUGUUUAAGCAAUAGGGCCCAAGGGGGUGUGGUAUAUGGCCAAUAUACCACGAUUAAGGGCUGUUCUUAUGUACGACGCAACGUAGAGUGCCUGGAUAUAUCCCUUAGCCAUAUAUUGGCCAUAUACCACAAACCCCAAAGGUGCCUUAUUGCUAUUAUAAACUGGGUAGCAACAUAAUUAUAACAGUAAACAAGUAAUUUUGCUUCUACGCAUGGUAUAUUGUCUGAUAUACCACAGCUUUUAGCCAAUCAGCAUUCAGCGUGCUAAUUACCCAGUUUAUAAUUUCAUUUAUUCACAUGAGACGUAAUCUCAAACAAUGGAUUAUGUAUCACCUUUAAAUAAUAUCGACAUACAGUAUGAUGGAAUGCUGUAUCAUAAUUUUCAGUUACUGAUAGUACUAAUCAUUUUGUUCCCUCUUUGUAGUAUAUUGAUGAUGGUGUAUCAUGAGAAACAUUUUCCCUAGCAGAGAUCUCUGUGCAUUGGUUUUUCUGAAGCAAAACACUAGUAGUAAUGUAAGACCUGUCUUUUCUUUUUAAGACAAUGAUUAAUCAGACUGCUCUGAAACGUGUUAAGACAGUGAUAGAAAAGAGACCAGGAAUAUUAUAUGAGUCAUGUCUGUUCUGUUUGAAGGACUCCCUGUGUGAAGGAGUCAACUAUGACAGCCCAGAAACUAGUGGCUGUUUCCGCUUCUGAGUGACUACGAAGUCACCUUCAUGUUCAGCUGGUGCCUCUAUCUCCCUGUGACCCUGAAGCUCAUCAUCCUCUCCUCCAUUUCUCUGCAUGCCAAACCUCUGGAACAACUGGUAGAAUACUGUAACAAAAAAAGCAGUUUUAGAAACAUCUCAAGGAUGAUCAUUGGAAACAGGAUGCACCUGAGCUCAAUUUCGAUUCU